UCAAUGCCCAGACACUUCAGUAUCAUAUAAUAACACAUGUCAUCAAUCGUGUCCGGCAAAAGUUAAAUACGAACACGAUAGAAUGUGUACAGAAGAAUGUCCAUUGUCACAUCCGUAUUAUGCUACAGUACGAAGGAAAGUCACCACAAACUACAGCUACAGAACGACAUUUGUAUUAGUAACAUACUGCCUAGAUACUUGUAAUGAUAACAAAAGCCCUGGGAAAUAUGUCUUUAACAACACCUGUGUAAAUCGCUGUCCAAACACAACUGUUUUGUAUGAAUCAAAAUGCGUUGUCGAGUGUCCCUCAGAUAAACCUCAGACUUAUACAAAAGAGGAUGAAGGAAAGUACUUAAUAGUCUGUGUAGAGGAUUGUCCAGGGCCAACCUUUACUAAGGGAAGAUAUUGUUAUGAUCAGUGUCCGGAACCGUUAGCCUCGUAUUCACCGAACCGUACAUGUCUAGAGCAAUGUCCGACACAUCGAAAAUUUCGUUAUCGGUUCAGAACGAAUGGUAAUAAUUUUGCAUUUAAAUGUAAGACAACAUGUGGUAACAAAUUUAUUAAUAGCAACACAUGUGUCGAUACUUGUCCUUCAGAUGAACCAUUACUGUUAGGUCAAACCUGUGUAUCGGAAUGUCCCGCUUCACACAUGUUAGUUAGCUAUCAGAUGCACCAGUGUUUGGAGACAUGCAAACCACCUUUAGUUGAACUCAACCACACGUGCUAUAGACACUGUCCUGUUAGUAGUCCAUUUGUACUUGACAAUAAGUGUGUUAAGGAGUGUCCAACAACAUUCAAUCUAACAGCACCUUCCCCUCAAGGUACUGUGUGUGCGCGUGAAUGUAAAAGUCCCUUAAUAAGGGAAAACAAUAAAUGCAUACGGACUUGCCCUGACAAAAAAUUCAUUAUCAACAAUGUAUGUGAGUACGUUUUAGGAUGUCCCAAACCGUACAGCUACAUCGAGCAUUCUUCACAAGGAACAACUUGUCGGAAAAACUGUGAGAACAAUGAAUUCUUUUUGGAGGACUUUCAGUGUACAAAGAAGUGCCCGAAGUUUGCAGUAGGUCGCAAGUGUGUCGACAAAUGCCCGAAAACACAUCCAUAUACAUUUAAAAAGUACAGUGGCGAGGAUAUCACGUUAUGCCGUUCGGUAUGCCCAAAUUGGAUAUUCAAGAAAAACUGUGUUAGUUAUUGUCCCACGGGAUAUGUUAAGCUAAACUCUAACAAAACGUGUGUGAAAGAUUGUCCGCCAUCGGCACCUAUCUAUAACUCCAGAUGUGUCCGGCCGUGUCCUCAUGGAACGUAUCCGAACAAUGAUAACAAUUGUGUCCCGAAAACACUAGGAUAUCAAAUUACCAUUAUCGCAUUGGCUGUAUCGGGCAUCUGUUUCUUCACAGCAGCUUACUUAAUGUUUAGAAGAACCACUUGUCUACCGUGUGCAGCAUCAGAAAAUAAAGUAAGUAUAUAA